AAGAGGAAGGGGAGGAGGAGAAGGAGAAGAAGAAGAAGAAGGAGGAGGAGGAGGAGGAGGAGGAGAGUAGAGGAGGAGUUUACGGCUUUGAAUCGAGGAUUUGAAUGGGUGGGCCAGGAGCCGGUAGGGUAACAGGGCACGAGCUAAACGCGGUGCCAAAGAGCAACGUCGGUCACGGGGAUCGGAUCCUCGUAAUCGGCGAGCCACCAGCACCAGGCUGUCCUUGUCAUUCUGCUUGUCCUGCUCGCGGUCUAGCACAAGGCGUCGCCUCCGCCCAAUCGCCGGCCUCGCCGCCGUCUCUCACCUCCCUUCACAUUGCCAAUAACAACAAUUGUUCUAUACUUACCGGCAAUAAUAAUCGUAAUAAUCGUAAUCGAAAUCGCAACCGUAACAACAAUACCAACAACAACAACGACCAUUCGUCAAACGUUGUACCGAACGGUAGCAGUAUCAAUACCAGCACAAAAGCUAAGGCAGCAGCUGCCAUGUCCUCACCACCAAAGCAUCGAAGGGCCUUCGACCCUAAUGACGCUACGGUCAACGAUUUUCGCCGCUAUCGUCGUGUUAAGACGAGACAGCGAGGCUUUGUAUGUUCCACACCGUGACCUUGGGCGACGGACACAGACCUUCCUGACAUCUCCCGACACAUCCAUCAGCACUAAAGGCAUUCAAACACACACAAGCUUGCGAUGUUCGAUGUUGGGCCGCUUAUUACAUGGUUGUAAUAUCCCCUGCCAUGAAAAAAAAAA